AUGAACGACAGUAAUAAGGUUAUGUCGACUCAUUUAGCGUCGAUUAAACCACCGAAACCACUUGUCAUUGAGGAGAACAUGGACGCCAAAUGGAAGCAGUGGUGGCGCCAGUUCAAUUGGUGGUCGGUCGCAACGGAGCUGGAAAGCAAACCCCCACAGAUACAAGCGACGACAUUGGCGACAAGCUGUAUUGGUGAAGAGUGUGUCCGAGUGCUAGAUACUUUCGGUCUGUCAGACUCCCAAGAGAGAGACAUAAAAGUGCUGAAAGAUAAAUUCGAAGCAUAUUUUGUUCCGAAAUCGUGUCUUACGUACGAACGGUACGUGUUUGGCAGAAUAGUGCAGAACGCGAGUGAACAGUACGAUACAUUUUUUACACGAGUCCGCGAACAAGCAAACCGAUGCGCUUUCAGCGUGUUACACGAUUCUAUGAUAAAAGAUAGAAUCAUCGCCGGAACAAUCCACACGAACUUGAUACCGCAAUUGCUGAAUGAUGCUAAUGAUCUGCAGAAAACAAUUGACAUAGUGCGCAGUUUCGAGCAAUCAGUGAAGCAGACAAAAGUGAUGUUAGAGAAACCGGCUCUGGAAGUUGAUUCUGUUCGACAGAAGAAACUAGAGAAUGAUGCUCAAAGUGAAACGCUGUUUCCAUGCAAUCGAUGCGGGCGGGAGCAUCGACGGAAGAUGUGCCCAGCGUUCAACAGAAAGUGUUUAAAGUGCGGAAAGAAGGGGCAUUUCGCAGAAAAGUGUUUUGGUAGUGGUGCUUCCAGUUUCGUACGCAGAGAAGGGAAUACGCGAUAUGUGAAAACAUUGGAAGUGGAUGAUGAAGAAGAACUGUCAGUGGAAGAAUUGUACAUCGCUGCAAUCGAUGACGAUGACGAACACAGUGAUGAAGUGUGGUACGAAACGGUGAAGAUAAAUGGGAAGAGCAUCACAUUGAAACUUGACAGCGGUGCUGCAUGCAACGUGCUACCGUGGGAUAUUUUUCGUACACUGGGUGAAAGUCUGAAGCAGUCGAAAACGAAGAGACUCAUAUCAUACACAAACCACAAGGUGAAUGUGAAAGGUGAAGUUGAACUACCAGUGAUGGUGAGGGGCCGUCGAGAGAGUGCAACAUUUAAAAUAGUUGAUGGGGAUGUCAUACCUAUCCUUGGGAGAAAAACAAGUGUUCGUUUUAACCUGAUUGCGCGACUGGACGAGGUGAAUAUGGAAAGCUCCCUGUUUAGUGGUCUCGGUUGUGUUAAAGGAUUUAUCUACGAUAUCGAUUUAGUAGAGAAUCCGGCAUUCCAAAAUGACCCACCAAGAAGAAUACCACACGCGUUACGUGCGACCGUUAAGGAGGAAUUGGAUUUGAUGCUGAAAAUGGGCGUCAUCGAACCAAUUGCAGAACCGACACCAGUUCUCAAUGCUAUGGUAAUAGUACGACAAAAAGCAUCGGAUGUUGUUCUCAAGCCUCGUAUAGUCAACUGUGUUCCGGAAAAUCUGAAGGAUGAACGGCUACAGCAGAAGAAAUACGCCGAUAGAGGAGCGGUAAAGCCACCGGAAUACGAUGAAAAGCAAGCCGUCAUGCUACAAGAUACGAAGACCAAGCUUUGGGAAAGAGGAAGAAUAACUAAGGAACUGGAGCAACCUAGAUCAUACAUGGUACAGUUGAGAAACGGGAAUAUUAUUCGAAGAAAUGUUCGGGACAUCAAACAAAGGACGGUUUCUGCCUACGAAGAACCCGUUGGUAAGUCUCUAUCAAGCCAACCUUCGCUUGCCGACAACAUUUAUCAAGAUCAUCAAGUUCCGGAUGAAGAAGUUUCGAAGUCAUCAGCAACCUGA